AUGUGUGUGGCUUCUUUUUUCUUCUUUCCCUUCUUUUUUCCUUUCUUUAAUGGAAGAAGCAGUGAAGGGUUCCUUUAUUUUUAUGAACCUUUUUUUUUUCUUUUCUUUUUGUGGGCGACGAGGCCGACCUGUAGCUUAUCUCUGUUCAUUAUCUAUCUAUCCCAGUACGUUCAUAUCUCUGUCUGUCUAUCUAUCUGGUCUGUUUCUAUUCAGAUUAUCUAUCUAUCUAUCUAUCUAUCUAUCUAUCUAUCUAUCUAUCUAUCUAUCUAUCUAUCUCAGUCUAUCUAUCUAUCUAUCUAUCUAUCUAUCUCAGUCUGUUCAUAUCUAUCUAUCUAUCUAUCUAUCAUCCAUCCAUCUAUCUAUCAGUCUGUCAUCCAUCCAUCUCUAUCUAUCUCUAUCUAUCUAUCUCAUCUAUCAUAUCUAUCUAUCUAUCUAUCCCAGUCUGUUCACAUAUCUAUCUAUCUCAGUCUGUUCAUAUCUGUCUAUCUAUCUAUCUAUCUAUCUAUCUAUCAUCUAUCCAUCUGUCCAUCUAUCUAUCUAUCUCAGUCUGUUCAUAUCAUCUGUCUAUCUAUCUAUCUAUCUAUCUAUCUAUCUAUCUAUCUAUCUAUCUCAGUCUGUUCAUAUCUAUCUAUCUGGUCUCUAUCUAUUCAUCUAUCUCAGUCUGUUCAUAUCAUCUAUCUGGUCUCUUUCUAUUCAAAUUAUCUAUCUAUCUAUCUAUCUAUCUAUCUAUCUAUCUAUCUAUCUAUCUAUCUAUCUAUCUAUCUAUUUCGAGGUGAAAUUGAAAAAUUACGCAACUCUUGA